UCAUGGCUGCCACUGAGGGACUUCCGGGUCAUUUCACUCGGUUAGGAAGGUUCCUAAACUAAAUGGACUAUUCUACUGCAGCCCCGGUCUGCUUGUCUCAAACAAGCCUAGUCAUUCGCUCGUUCACCGUCACAUGACCAGAAGCUCAGAAUAAAGCGGUUGAAUAACUCCUUUUGAAAUGAAAACAAACCACUUUAGCGGCCUUUUGACUGUUCUAAUUGCAAUAUAAUUGACACAUAAUGCCGCAGAUAUUUUAAAAAAUAAACUAGAAUUGCUAUUUCUACACUGGUGAAUAAACAGUGAUAAGGCGGAAAGCUAAAACUAAAGAGAAAAUGCAUCAAACCUGUGUGAGGAUAUAGGGUUAGCAUAAACAGCUAGCUAACGUUAGCUGGUAACAGGACAUGCAGGGAUGGACUUCUAAUAUGAGACAAAGUGCUCCAUCAUGGAUGACUCGGACCAGGACUUUGUGGACAUUUGCUCUAAGCUUCUAAAACGAGUCCGCAAGAAACCAGGUGAGUCCAAACAGCCAAAGAGAGCAGAGCACCAGCCCUCCUGUCAGGCAAGCGAUGGAGACAAGAGGAGAAGAAAUACCAAGAGAGAUGUUGCUGACUCUGGGUCUGUUAGUACUGCUGCUGCGGACGGAGAACAGCCUGUGGUGGGUGGGGGAACUGGGCAUGGUGCAGGAGGUGCUGAGGUGUUAGCUGUACCUUCAGCAGCAGCAAGGCAGAGAGCAGAGAUAGGUUUGACUGCCAAAGAUAAAGUCCUCCACAGGAUGCAACAGUUCAAGAGAGCCAGUCCACAGAAGAUGGUGCACGAGGACAAGAGCCAGCCCUCCCACCAGGAGACUGAGCCUCCCCCACCACUGGCACCGAGACAAGGACCUCCAGAGUCCUCCAGCUCCCCCCUCCUUCCGGACCCCGAGGACGGUGACGAGGCUCUGGCCCUGCGGCUGCAGCAGGAGCUGGACAGGGAGGCAGCAGGGGUCCAGAGUGUGGACCUGGAGGAGGGGGGGCUCUUCUUCUGUCAGAUCUGCCACAGAGAUCUGUCACACAUGACCCCAGAGGGACGAACGCAGCAUCUCAACAGGUGUUUGGAUCAGAGUGAAGAGAGCGCCCCUGCUCCCCCUCCCCCGCCUCCUGGGCUCCCCGACUGUCCCAUCUGUGGAAAGAAGUUCAAGUCCCAGAAGAGUCGCUCGGCCCACCUGAAGCGCUGCUCCUCAGAUAUGGGGGUCGCUCCGGCGGUGCUGCUGCAGGCGCUGCACAGACAGACUGAGGAGACCCCGAAUGUCCCCGCCACCAACACACUAACAGAGACUGGUGGCAAUAAAAGAAAAGGCCCCUCCAUCCCGAGCCUCCGACCGAGAAAGAAGUCCAGGAAGAAGACGGCUCCUCUGGAUGAAGACACCCUGGUGGCCCUGGCUCUGUCCUCCUCUCUGCUGGAACCGGAGCAGCGGAGUGAGAGGGAGACGGAGAGGCUUCUACAAACAGCUGCCCCCAACACCUCCAUGACUGCAGCGCUGAAGUGGAGGCCAGACAAGGGUAAGGGCCGUGGAAAGAGGAGAAAGGGAGGUGUCCCCCGCCCCCCCCCUCUCCUCCUGGUGCAGGAUGCCCAGGCGGCUCUGACCAGGCUGCAGGAACGCGUCUCCGCUCUGCUCCUACGCAGCCGCCCCCCCUCGCCCCCCACCCCCACCCGCCCCCCCAGCAGCCUGUCUGGCUGGAGCGGGGCGGCCCCUCUCUGGCAGAGGAGCUCCCUGCUGGACGGAGCCUCCACCUGUGAGGCUGACUUCUACACCCCCGAGCUCAGAGAGUUCAUCACCCCCUGGGAGCCGCCGAAGAAGGAUGCAGCCUCCUCCAGCACCAUAACCAGGCCUAUCACUCCUGUUCUACCUGUGAGUGAAGGAGCUACUGUCACAGGGACCGGGGUCUCCAUUCUUCCAGCCUGCACCCCCCAGACGGCCCCCUCCACCCCGGGGGCGGCGCAGCUUCCAGCAGGCAGCCAGGCUGUCCUGAUGGAGCUGAUGGAGCUGGCUGAAGACGGCGUGACCCUCACUCAGUAUGGUCGCAACGCCCCAGAUAAGAGUGGCAGUCAGAUCACGACCCUCCGUCUGAGCGGCUUCGUCCUGGAGGAGCCUGAGGAGCCGGCUGACCUCGGUGUGAGCAGCUUCCUGCCAGAAACUGCACACACACAUCCAGACGCUCACAUCCGAGCGAGGAGGAGAACAGAUCCUCCAGGGGGCGAUCAGGAGCGCCAAACAGCAGCACAGAGCAGACUGACCUCAGAUCUGAGCAGCAUGGUGAACAACCCUCAGCUCAGCGACCUGCAGCUGCAGGUGGACAGUGGAGACGUCUUCUUCGCUCAUUCCUUCAUGGUGUACGCUCGAUGCCCCCUGCUGGCUGAAAUGGUACAUGAAAGUGGUUUUGGGGUACAGGAGGAGGGGUCUCCUGCAGCUCAGAGGGUUCUGGUGAACGACGUCCCGGGACAGGCCGUGUUAGCUCUGCUGCAGUACCUCUACACCGCCCGCUCCUCCAUCCCACCGGCCCUUCAGCCUUAUGUCCUGGAGCUAGCAUCCAGGUUUGACCUGCAGGAGCUCCAGCAGUUAUGUGAGCCGGAGGGCUUCCUGAACCAGGAGGAGGACGCUAACAAUCAGAUGCAGCAGACCCUCAGCGAGCUGCUGAGCUCCAUGUGGGACGAAGAGGAGGACGAGGGCGGGGACACAGACGGAGGAAGGGAGGAAGAGCGAGAACUGGAAGACGAUCAUCAAGCUGAGGACCUCGCAUCGGGUGACAGAGAAGAGGAGAAGGUGAACGAGGAAGAGCUGGAGGAGAUCUAUGAGUUUGCAGCAACGCAGAGAAAAAGGGAGGAGGAAGACAGCAUAGAGGAGGAGGAAGAGGAGAAGGUAGAAGAGGAAGAAGGUGGAGAUGAUGUUUUCGCCGAACUGACAGAACCUGAAAAAAGCUCAGCGGGCUUCAACGAAAAAGAGCAUUUGCAACCGGACCCCAGCCUGGAGCGCAGCUACAGCCGCCUCUUCUCCGACUCCUGGGGGGUCUACGAAGAAGACCCUCCCUCCGUACCCUCCACAUCCGGCCUCGCUAGAACACAAUCCCCUCAAGCCCCUCAUAUACCCUCUCUUCACCCGUCCGGAAGAACUUUGCUCCAGUCUUCAGCGAGUGGAGUGGAGGACCUCUCCCCCAGCCCCCCACCCAGCACCUCCACCCUGCCCAUCCCGGGUCUGUCUCCUGGGCUCGGGGGGGGCGGAGAAGAGGGGCAAACUUUGAAUCGAGAAAGCCAAGGUCGGCGUAGUAUUCCCGUUCCCCACUCCCUAGUUUCACCUCAGAAAAAUGAGCCUGAGUUAAUAAUUUUGUCCGACUCGAGCGAGGACAUGGAGGUCGUUCUUAUUUCCCGCAGUCCUUCCCCACCUUCCCCUUACCCCGUCCAGACUCACACCACCUACACCCAGAUUAAACCCAAUGACCCCACCCUGGAGAAUAAACAGAGUUGCAGUUUAGAGUUGAGUCCGGAUGGAGAGCCGGGUCAGAGUCCUUCAGAUCUGUUUGGCUGUUCUCCAGAAGUUUCCUGGCUGAUCCCCUCCACGCCUCUCCAGACAAAGAGGGUCUCCACCAGCAGCUCCACGCAGACUCAAAGCAGCAUGUGCAGGAUGCAGCUGUUCCCUAAAGCAGACCCUUCCUCCCUCUCAUCCUUCUCUCCCCCUGCUUUACCUUCUAACGACAGACCGCACACCUCCAACAGUCCAACCAGAGCUUCAUCUCGCGUUAGCCCGACGGAGGCUAACGCGUUAAAACUGGACUUCAGUUCUAGAAGAAGAAGCUCUUCUGAUGCGAGUAAAGACAGAGGAGUGUUUGCAGUUCCCCUGUCCCAACCUAAGCUCUCCAUCUCCUCAAAGCAGGGUACCCCCGUCCACCUCCAGACCUCCAGCCGGCCUUACAGCAGCACUCCCCUGCACACGGAGCUCCACAAAGCCCCCGCCCUCCUGACCACCUCCCCGCUCCACAGCAGCUUCAAUAUGAGCUGGACGAGUCAGGGAAAGGACAGGGCGCCAUGUGAGAGCCAGGAGAAGACGGAGCUUGGGAGCUUUCAUCUCUCGCCGCUGUCGGACCCUUCAGAUCCACCCUCGUCUUCCUCUCUCAGAGGCCGUCAGAGACACAGCGAGUCCUCGAGUCACAGCCGGCGCUCUGUUGACAGUCACAGCAAAGCAGGGUCUGAGCUGGAGAGGAGGGGGAUGAGACUGGAGGAGGGACAAGGAGAGACGGAGUGCGGAAAUAGAGUCGAUGAAGCAGAAACUGGAGAGGCAGAAGUCGCUGAGUCCAGCUUCAGGCAGAGCUUCAUGGACGAGCCCCCCAUGGCGUUCAACGACUCGUGGGGUCUGGGCGCCUGCGGGGACGAGGACCCCGGCUGCUUCAGUCUGAGGCUGGAGGACAGCGGGGCAUCCAAAAGCCUGGGAAAAGACCCUCCGUCCUCCACCGAGCGGCAGCCUCCCCCCCCCAGCCUCAGGCCCGCCCCCUCUUCAUCCAAAUCCACUGCUCAUAAAGACGUCUCCUUCACGCCUUCACCCCCUGAUCCCCCCACCCACAACACACCAGAGAUCGUGAACAGCCUCCUGGACUCUAAAAUAUGGGACAGCUGGGAGGAGGAAGAGGGGGAGGAGGCUCUUCCUCUCUGUCAGAGGCUGAACCCCCCUGCCCAGCUCAAAACACCAAUACCAUCGUGUAAUAAAAGGCGCCGCACCCUGGUACCCAUCACCCCCCUGCCCCACUACUCAGACAUGGACACCCCGGAGCUGAAGACCAAACUCAACAGGUUUGGUGUUCGGCCUCUACCAAAGCGCCAGAUGAUCCUCAAAUUGAAGGAGAUCCACCAGUACACGCACCAGCUGGUCAGCUCCGAGGAGGAGGAGGAGGCGGGCCCUUCGGCUCAGACGAAGCCCCCUCCCGCCUCUUCAGCCUCCUGCAGCCAGCGAGUGCAAUUCAAAGAGCCCCAAGCGCCCGCUGCUGUCUCCCCUGUGAAAGCCGGCAGAGAGGAGGCGGAGCUUCUGUCAGCCUCCCAGGGCUCCAACACCUCCUCCACCGCCGCCAGCGAGGAGUCCGAGAGGUCCAACUCUGAGCUGUGCCUCUCCUCAGACUCUGACAGUGACGGCGGCCUCUCUGCCUCCCAGUCAGUGAACCGUCUUCAGGAUCGCCUCCAGGCGGUGCGCUCCUUCAUCCUCUCAGACUCAACCCUCUACAGUCAGAUCCUCCAGUACCAACCUCUGGUCUUGUCGCAGCUGAAGGAGCGUCUGAAAGCAGCAGGGAUCCGCCUCGCUGCCGCCAAGCUGGUGGACUACCUGGACUCUCAGUGCAUCACCUUCACCACGGCCAAGCCGGGACCCCGCGCAGCCAGCCGCUGCCGGGGCAAGAAAACUGGCACCGGGGCAAAGGCAGCAGGCAGGAAGAAAGCUGUUGCAGCCAACAUUUGAAAAUGUAUGACUGCAAAGAUACUUUGCAGGUGGCUGGUGUUAUUUAAGUGCUUUGAACAUUUGUCUGAAAAUAACUUGCAGAAGAGGCCAUGUUUGUUAUGUGAAAGGUGCCUUUUCUUAAGAAUGGCCUUUUGCUUUUACCAUGUUUUUUCAAACCAUUUAAAGACGGCAAUGUUCCUUUACGGAAGUAAUUAUUAUUUAAGUAUUUUUUUGUUAUAAAAGAAAAUGUUAAUGUUGCUGUGGGCUAUUUUACAAUAGAUUUAACACAUGCGAUAGUAUUGAAAAAUGACCACAAUAGUCAUGCAUUGAAAAACCUUCAGUAAAAUGUGCCCCGAUUUACAAUAAAUUAAGUCACACAAAA